UUCCUAAAUGUAUAUGGUAGUUUGAAUUCUAGUUAAGAAGUCUAAGAACACAAUAUAUGAAACAUUCAUCGUUGGUACCUGACAAAGGCCAUUUUUCCCGUAGAUUCCUUUCGAUUAGGACCUAUAGCCACGUAGUUGCUGGUUAUCCUGAGUUUCAAAUUCAGUGCGCUUGAGCGCUAGCAGCAGGAUGUAGGAUUUGAAGGCCCCCAGAAUCGUCCAUAGCAACUUCAACCCUAUCAAUAUUCACUGCCUCUGGAUAUGCCGCCGGUUGAAGCCCCCCUCUUUGCCUCAGUCCCAGCAGGGUUUGCAUGCCUUGAUAUCCCGUUCUGUGAUCAUCUUCGGGACCAUAAUCAUCUCCGCAUAUAUCGCCAGUAACUGGAAAGUCUUCAGUCCCUGGAUCGAGAGUUGGCUCAGCCGUCUGGUCUCCGCCGUGGUGAACUGGAGCAUACCGCUGAAUUGCCCCUUGUCAACAGUGUGUCGAUGUCGAUUGUCUCUGCCAUUUGUCUGCGGGAUGGCGGCCUGUCAUGGGCUGUUGCUCCCUGCAGCCUGGUACAUCUCCGGUCCGAUGAGGGACGCCCACAGGAGCCACAACCAGGCGGUCGCUACCGAGAGGACGAAUGAGAUCCUCCAGCACCGCCUGUCCCGUUGGGAAGCUUCGCGUAGCGCGCAGGAUAUCCCCAAAUGUCCUUCGAGGAACGUGGGGUCCAUCUCCACCGCGCUUGGGCAGUGCCAGGUGACGGUCUCCCAGCAGCAGACCGAAAUCGACAACCUCCGCCACCAGCUCGGCCAAGCCAAGCAAGGGCUCGUGUGGCCCUCCGAGCAGGUGGCCCAGGAGGGCGUUCAGAAGCUACAGGAGGCUCUGAGUAAUGAGAAAAGGGCGUGGACGGAGGAUAGCCUCUGCUGGGGCAAAAAAGGUGCGUGAGUUGGAGGAUGAGUGCCAAAAGCUCCGUAUCUCGCUGUCCAACACCGCGGCGUUGACGCCUAUGCGCUGUCCGGGUAACAGGCGUCCGCCGACCAUCCCCUGAUCUCCUACAGGGACUUGUGCUCCCCCCUUCGGGGGUUACUCGGACAGAGUUUCUGGGUCAGGGGUCAUUACUCAUCCUGUCCCUCUAGUGUUCGGUGAUCGCUCGCAGUGGGUGAAAAUCCCAGACCAUUAUAACUUUCCUUGCGACCCAUGGGGACGAGGACGCGGCGGGGUUCCCGAAUUUUGGGGAACACACGGUUGUGCGCUUGGAUAUAACGAUCCCAUCCUCCUCGACGUGACAUAAUCUCAGUGCGUUGUGGUGGUGGGUCUGGGGCCCCCUUCCGAGGGACAAACACACGCUACAUCGAUAAACAUCAUCAUAUUUUCACCUCGAGGGUUUGUGGAAGGUGGCCAGUGCGGUGUCGGGUUGUGGGCUUUAUGGGGCUUCUGCGGGACGGCCACCCUUUUAAGGCACUUCCGCAGUCCCUCGUCCAGUCAAGUGGUUUGAAAGACCGGAGAUAAUUAAAAGCAGAAAAGAAAAAGACGAAAA